GUUCGUCGACUCGUUCUCUCUUCGUCCGUCGUUACACGCACUCUCUAUCCAUCUUUUGUUUCAAUCCUCCACCACUGUUCUCUUAACUUUUCAGUAUACCAGUUCAUCAUGAAGUCCUUCACCGCCAUCGCUGCCCUUGUCGCCGUUGUCCCCGCACUCGUCAGUGCUGAUCUGUUGGUCAACACCCCGACGAGCGUUGUUCAGUGCGAGCCCGCCCAAUUCACUUGGCAGGAUGGUACCCCUCCGUACUUCCUGACCUUGAUCCCUGCGGGUCAGCCUUCUGCCUCCCCUCUCAAGGACUUCGGCACCCAGACCGGCACCAGCUACACCUGGAAAGCUGAUCUCGCCGCGAACACCAACUUCGACAUCGCUCUCAAGGAUAGCACUGGUGCGACCGUCUACUCGUCCCAGGUGACCAUCCAGACCUCCAGCGACUCUAGCUGUGUCAACUCGACUGUCGAAGAAACCGGUAGCAGCUCCAGUAGCGGCAGCAGUGGCUCGUCAGUUUCUACGAGCUCCUCGACCACUUCGACUUCAGCGUCUGACAGCACUUCACCUACUUCAUCCACCAGAUCUUCAAGCGCGUCGUCCGGCUCUUCAGCUUCCGGCUCGGCCGCCAGCGCCAGUGGCUCUGCCUCCUCGACCGCGAGCUCCAGCGCGUCCACGGCGUCGUCCUCGAGCGCCGCUUCCGGUGGUUUCUCCAUCCCCGCCUUCGGCCUCGCUGGUGUUAUGGGUCUUGUUGGCGCCGCUUUGUUCUAAGCAUCUAGCCACUGAUUCGAUCCGUGACGGUCAUUAGAGUGUCGAUGGACAGCUGUCUGUGCUCCGUCAGAACGCGUACCUUACAGCGGACAAUCAUCUCCUAGUUUAUCACCUCUCGUCUUGGCAGUGUGUCGGCCCCUCCUUAAAUACCUUUGUCUGUCUUUUAGUCUUUUUCCUUCCUGUGACAUCCCGCCCUGGUUGAACGAUUUUUUUACUACACUUUUGACUUGUCCGCAAUACCGUGUUUUUCCUCAUCGCCUCCCAUGUGUGACCUCUGUUGUCGACUGCGAAGAAGGUGCAGCAACCACUCUCACUCU